ACAAACAUCUUUCUACUACAAAACAUCGACUCGAAAGGACCGUCCAAAAUCUAGAUGCUAAAUCAAAAAAAUUCAAAUUACAAUAAUAAAAAUUCAAAGUUAACGAUGUCCGGGACCAUGGGAAGGGCUGUAAACGUGUACGCCACAAACGGAACUGUGGACAAUCCGUCGCGCCACGAGAUGGUUGCGUGGGUCAACAAGCUGCUGGAGGCGAGUUUCACAAAGGUAGAGGAGCUCUGCACCGGAGCUGCCUACUGCCAGUUUAUGGACAUGAUGUUCCCCAACUCUGUGCCGAUGAACCGCAUCAAGUUCCGCACCAACACGGAGUACGAUUCCUUGCAGAAUUUCAAGUUGCUGCAAGUAGCCUUCAAGAAUGUCGCGGUGGCCAAGGAGAUACCCGUAGAAAGGCUGGUCAAGGGACGUUUCCAGGACAACUUGGAAUUUUGCCAGUGGUUCUGCAAAUUCGUGGAGACCAACUACGACGGGCACGUUUACCAUGCCAGCAAAGCCCGGAACGGGCACAUCUUGGGCUAUGGUCCCAACUUCGUGAGGCCCAAGGACAGGAUCCUAUCGCCUCUCCGAGUCGAUGACACACUCGAAGCACCACGAACUGCUAAGCGCCCUCGCCAGGAGGACCAGAGGCCAGUACCGCGCAGAGUCGUCGACAAGCUGGCGCCGGAAUACUUUGGAAAGAACGACCAUUGGGAGGGUAUCGAGAAGGACAGGGACAUGGCUUUCUCGAAACUCCGAGAUAUAGAAAUACUAUGCCAGGGCGAUUUCAGGCGGUGCAGCGCGAAGGCCGUGGCCGCGAAGGUCCUCAAGAUUGUCAACGCUCUCCACAAGCCAAAAGCCAGGUAUACUGGCCCCCGAUAGAGGGUGUGGCCACUUUUAUCUCACAUGCAACCAGAGAAGAGUAGGAGGGGGCGCUAGUUAGUCACCAUGUAAUAAAGGCUCAUUAAAAACGCUGAUGAAAUUUACUGCCUUAUGUAAGAGCCCGAACUCCCACACGUGAUAAGCCCGACGAGACCGACCAACCACUCAUGAAUCAGUCAUGAGGAGCCGAGAUUAUGAAUCCACAAUCCGAACAGCGCAACGUGUCUGGAGGGGUUUUCACUUGUAUUUUUGUAAUUUUGCAUGUGAAUAAAAGAAACAGUUCAGUUGUUACUAUUAUACUCUA